CAUCCUAAAUCCCAAAUCCUUCACCGCCUGCCCUCUUCGGCAUAAAUCUGGGUUGCGUCUUUUAAUUUUUUCCGUCACGAGGCCAUUAUUCUCAUUCCAAGUGAGCAACCCCAAUAUUGGAAGAUGUGUUUGUAUACUUAAUGGGGGAGCUCGUGGUUGAAAAGCAUAUCAAAUAUAUCAUAUCAAUUGAAAAGAAACAGGAUGAUUUCGCGUCUGUGGUGAUGGAGCAUCUGAGAUUGAAUGGCGCUUAUUGGGGAUUGACUACUUUGGAUGUUUUAGGAAAGCUUGAUGCAGUGGAUCAGAAUGAGGUUAUUCCGUGGAUCAUGCAAUGUCAGCAUGAAUCCGGUGGUUUUGGUGGUAAUAUAGGGCAUGAUCCUCACCUGCUCUACACAUUAAGUGCUAUUCAGGUUUUAGCACUAUUUGACAAGAUAGAUGUUCUUGAUAUUGAGAAGGUUGCCAAUUAUAUUGCAAGCCUACAGAAUGAAGAUGGCUCAUUUUCUGGUGACAUUUGGGGUGAAAUAGAUACCAGGUUUUCUUAUAUUGCAAUAUGCUCUCUCGCAUUACUACAGCAUUUGGGUAAAAUAAAUGUAGAAAAAGCUGUAGAGUACAUUGUUAGUUGCAAGAAUUUAGAUGGUGGAUUUGGAUGCACACCUGGAGCAGAAUCUCAUGCCGGGCAAAUUUUCUGUUGUGUGGGGGCUCUUGCUAUUACUGGCUAUUUAGAUCAUGUUGACAAGGACCUCCUUGGAUGGUGGUUAUGCGAACGACAAGUAAAAUCUGGAGGUUUAAAUGGGCGUCCUGAGAAGCUUCCUGAUGUGUGCUACUCGUGGUGGGUUCUUAGUAGUUUGAUUAUGAUCGAUAGAGUUCACUGGAUUGACAAGAAGAAGCUCAUAAACUUCAUCUUGGACUGCCAGGAUAAACAGAAUGGUGGAAUCUCGGAUAGGCCCGACGAUGCUGUUGAUGUAUUCCACACCUAUUUCGGUGUUGCUGGUCUAUCACUUCUUGAAUAUCCUGGACUCAAAGCUAUAGAUCCAGCUUAUGCAUUGCCUGUGGAUGUUGUAAACAAAAUUUUCCUCACCAAAUAAGUGUAGCAUCACACCCUUGAUUAAUCUAGUGCUGAUAUUUUUCUUUUUGCUAUAAAUUAUUAAAUGUGAUGUAGUACAAUUCAUGUUUUCUCCAAAUUACUGGAAAGGAAUACUCAAUUCUUACCAUUUGAUGGAUCAUUAACUAGUUUGGAUUUGUAUUUCUAUCUAAUUAAGACGAUGAUUAUAUAUA